CUCCAAUGGAAAUAAUCAAGAGUAAUAAUAAUCGCUUGUCAUAAUUGAUUUUUCUCCAAAGUGUUUAUCUGUAAGAUAUAGUUCAACUUGGAGAUCAUGUGCCAUGUCACAGCGUACUAAAGUUAUUCAAUUAUAUAAAACGUUAUUGUACAUGGGACGGGACUAUCCAAAGGGAUAUCAAUAUUUCAGGACUAAGCUGAGGAGAGCCUUUGAUAAGAACAAAACAGAAACUGAUCCUGAAAAAAUAGAUAAAAUGAUAGGACACGAAUCUCCUAAAAUGGCUGCUUGCGUAGCUGUAAUUGGCAAAGAUAACUCUCCAAAAUAUAUCAAGUGUGCGGAUGAAGCCUCUGCCCUGCAAUUUCAUUAUAAAGUGCACACGUCAAUUGAUAUUAUAGAAGAAAAACUGAAUGUAGGAAAUAAAACCACAGUUGAUAUCCGUGACUUAUACUUGGGCUUGUUAUUUGCAACUGAAGAAUAUAAAAUAUAUGGUUAUGCGACUAAUACAAAAAUUAAAUUUGUCAUAGUAUUACAGUCAUCCAAUGUAUCAUUAAGGGAUAAUGAAGUGAAAAUGAUUUUCAAAAAGUUACAUGCUGCAUACUCCAAUGCUGUUUGCAAUCCAUUUUACAUUCCAGGUGAUCAAAUCAUUUCUAAGUCAUUCAAUAUGUCAGUGCUGGAAAUAAUGGGUGUUAUAUAAUAUCCUAUAAAGAUGUUUAAAAAAUAAUUCAUAUAAUCACAAAACACAAACUUAUAUAAAUUAUAUAAAUACAUUAUAUAAAUAUUCCGUAAUAAAUAACUUGAUAUAAUUCUGUAAAA